UGAGCAGAAUUACGUUGCGGCACAAUAACUUGGACGUUGCUACAUAAAUCCUCAAAUUUAGGUCGCAUUAUCUUUAGUCCCUUUUCCUCAAACAACGCACGUUUUGCCGAUUUUGCCAGUUGUGCCUAGGCUCGCCUUGAUUGGCUUACGUACUUUUCAGUCAUCAACAUUUUCUACAUUUCUCAGGCGAAGUUCUGCUACCCAGGUAAGAGCCAUCGCGAGUUGCCGGAUGGCAUCCCAUCAAUUCUGCUCUAGGAGGGUUUUAUACACAACAAACAACUACACGCAAAUGAAAUGUCACAGUGCCUGAAGAUGAAAACGCUGGUUGUGGGUUUCUAGAAAAUCAACACACUCUCUUGUAAGAAACGAAAUUUUCUUUUCUAUUAUCAAUUUAGUGGAAAAACAAUAAGAGAGUUGUUUGUUUAAAUUACAACUGUUGUUUUUAAUAUUUAUAAAAUGGAUCCUGUGGGUGAAGAGGAAUUGGAUUACGAGGAUGAGGACUAUGUACCCAAGAAAAGUUUUCAGGCGGGAGGAGAGAUUUCUGCGCUUGCAGAAGAAGAAAUGAUGGGGGAAGACGAUGAGUAUGACGAUCUAUAUAAUGAUGUUAACGUGGGCGAGGGUUUUAUACAGAAUGUUGGAAACCCUAGUGAAAAUGAAAAUGGAGUUGAAGAAAAUGAUGGGAUGGGCCAAAUGAUCGAGUCUACUCAGAGGGUGGAUAAUGAUGGUAGUGCUGAAAAGGAGGAGGAGUACGAUGAGGGUUCCAAGGGUUUGGGUGAUAGCUCCAAGAAUCUGGGAGAAGGUUUUAAGGGCUACGGGGAGGGCCCCAAGGGCCUGGGAGAGGUCUCCAAGGGUCCGGGAGAGGCCUCCAAAGGUACUGGAGAGAGCCAGGGUUUGAAGUUGAAUCUUGGGCAGGGGUUUAGAGGGCAGGAGGAUGUCAAAAAUGGGGAUUUGGGAGGCAGAGGUUCGGGAGUUAGAGGAGGGGCUUCUUUGUUGGGUACAAAUAAGAGUCAGAGUAAGGGUUCUGUGAAUGAGAAUAGUAACGCAGGGAACAUCAGGAAUGUGGAAGUAGGGGGAGGUGGUGGUGGUAAUGGGGGGACAAUGCUUUUUGUUGGGGAGUUGCAUUGGUGGACUACUGAUGCGGAGCUGGAGGCCGAGUUGUCGAAGUAUGGGAGGGUUAAGGAGGUGAAGUUUUUUGAUGAGAAGGCCAGUGGGAAGUCUAAGGGGUAUUGCCAAGUGGAGUUCUGUGAUGCUGGUGCGGCUAGUGCUUGUAAGGAGGGGAUGAAUGGGCAUGUAUUUAAUGGGAGGCCUUGUGUGGUGGCAUAUGCUUCACCGCAUACGGUAAGGCAGAUGGGUGCUGCUCAGAUGAAUAAGAGUCAGGGACAGUCACAGGGACAAACACAGGGGCAAUCACAGCAGAGGAGGUCUAUGGGUGAUGGAAGUGGGGGACGUGGGGGUGGUAGUUCUUAUCAAGGUAGCAGUGAUGGUGGACGGAAUUAUGGGAAGACGGGCUGGGGAAGGGGUGGACAAGGGGGGAGCAAUAGAGGUCAAGGUGGUGGACAAGGAAGGGGAAGGGGAGGUAUGAAGAAUAGUGGCAGCAGUGGUGGUGGGGGUGGCAAUGGGGGUGGAGGUCUUUAUGGUCAAGGUAUCCCAGGGCCUCCAAUGGGAGGCCCUCCAGGUGGAAUGAUGCAUCCUCAGGGGAUGAUGGGUCAAGGAUUUGAUCCAACAUAUGGAGCACAUAUGGGCAGGGGGGGAGGUUAUGGUGGAUUUUCUUCACAUGGACCGCCAUUUCCUGGGAUGAUGCCAACAUUUCCUCCUGUUGGAACUGUGGGUCUUCCUGGUGUGGCCCCUCAUGUCAAUCCGGCAUUUUUUGGUAGGGGAGUAGCCGGCAAUGGAAUGGGGAUGAUGUCUAGUGGUGGCAUGGAUGGGCAUCAGUCAGGGAUGUGGGGAGAUUCUGGUAUGGGUGGAUGGGGUGGAGAGGAACAUAAUAGGAGGAUGAGGGAGUCAAGCUAUGGAGAGGAUGGGGGAUCAGAAUAUGGAUAUAGUGAGAUAGCCCACGAGAGAGGGGGAAGGUCAAGUGCCCCCAGGGAUAAGGAGAGGGGAACAGAUAGGGACUGGACAGAUAGGAGACGCCGUGAUGAUAGGGAAACAGAUUGGCACAGAGAUCGCUACAGAGAGGAGAAAGAUGGUUAUAUGGAUCAGAGACAAAGAGAACGUGACUGGGAAAAUGAAGAUGACUGGGAGAAAGAAAAACCAUCAAGAUCCCGAGGUAAAGGUCGUAUUGUGGAAGAAGAUGAUCAACGCCCACGCUCAAAGGAAGCAGACUAUGGCAAGAGACGCCGGUUACCUGCUGAUAUAACCGAAUGAGUUUGGCUCCAUUCUGUGUCUGGGGGUUGGAAUGUGAAGUCUUAAAUUCCAAUGCUCUAUUUUCACUUUUGCUGAAAUGGAGCAUUAUGAAGGCAAACAAUGAUAUUCUGACUGGUUUUCAGAGCAUGACUUAUGGACUGUAGAUUGAUAAGUCAUUGUGGAGGCAUCAAUGUUCAGAUCAGUUUUGGAGUGGAUUGGCCAACCUUUUUUAAUUCUAGUCUGUCUGGUAUCACGCUAGCAAGGCACUCACAUGCUGGGAACACAUGAAACUGAGUACAAGAGUCUUGGUGUGAUUGCAAAGAACGAGUUACUGAUAGACAUGAAAAGGAAGGGCUGGCUUCGGCUUCAGUUCUAGUAGGUGUGAAACACGGGUUGCUUCAUCUUUGAUUUUCAGAGGCAAGACUUGCUGAUCUUUCUCUUAAAGUUUCAUUAAAAAAUCAACUUUUUGAGCAACUUUAUAAUCCAUAUGUUACAAUGAUUCCUUUAACCCCUCUGGGUCAUCUGUUUUCCUUAAACUUGUUUUAUUAUAGAGAUUGGUUCUUUUUGAGA